AACGCCCCUUAACAACAGCAUAAAGCAUGAAGUCCGAUAGCAAAACUUGUCAUACACAAUCCGUCCAAGAAACGUGGAGCGUGGAGUUUUCACCGUCCUAAAUUUACCCAGAAAACUUUAUCUGGCCAGGCUCUGUAACAUAUCAAAAUGUAUAAGUUGGACUUACCGAUUGACUUGAAGGAGGCAGCCGCAAUUGAGCGGAGAAGAAACCAAGAAUUGGAACGCCAAAACAGAAUUUUUAACGCCAAAGUUCGCACAAUUGGGAUUGAUGUUCAAGCCCUGAAAGAGCAAGUACAUGACAGAGGUCUACAGGAGCAACGAGAACAACAGAGACAUGAAGCUUUCGCCAGUGAUCUAAUCCGCAAUGAUAAAAUUGCUGAACUCCUCACACGCAGACGGGAGCAAGAUGUGCGCAACCUCAACAAAGCGCUCAACGAGUUCCGUGCUUUACAUCAACAACCAGAUUCCAGGCGGGAGUGGGACCUCAACGACCCGGAUGGCAAGAAGAAGGACAAGCCCGCCCGGGUCUCGGAUGACGAUCCCCGCUGCGGCAUCUCAGGGGCUCAGAAGUUUGACGGCGAGGACCUCAAUUCCAAGGCCCGCCAGAAGCUGAUGCAGGAGCAGAUGAGGGAGUGGACCCGGCGGCAGGCCGAGGAGAAGAAGAGGCACAAAGAUCUCCAGAGAGAGGCCGACAGAUUGUAUGAUCUGCACCGAAGGGAGGCUGACGAGAGGGCCAUGGCACUGGCUAAGAUGGAAGAGGAAUGCCAACGAGCCAUCAAUGAGACUGUGAAGGAUUAUAACCAAGCACUGGCUGAUGAACAGGCUGAGAAGGCUCGCCUUGCCAAGCAGCAGGAGCUGGACGACAACUUCACCGAGAUGGUCAACCACAUCAACGGCGACAUGCUGACGGAGAACCCCGACGUGGCCGAGAGUGCCUUCGGCCCCCACCGCGUGAUCACCGACCGCUGGAAGGGCAUGUCCCCUGAGCAGCUGGCUGAGAUCCGCCGCAUCCAGGAGUUGCAGCGGCAGGAGAAGAAGCGCAUCCAGGAGGACGAGGUAGAACGGGACCGUGAGUGGGAGCGGCAGCGGCUGUUUGAUGCCAGGAGCGGGCUGCUGAUGGAGAGGGAGGCCGACAGGGUCAGGAAGGGACUGGAGAAGGAACAGGUUGCUGCCAACACCAGACUUGCCGCUGAACAAAAAUCAAACCAAGAGUACAUCGACAACGAGGUGUAUACCAACCGACCAACAGCAGCAUACUUUCAGCAGUGGAACAAGACAAGUCGGUAGAGAUAGUGACCGAAAAGGCCCUUGACAUCUAGAUGUAAACUAUAGACUGUCUAGACACAUCUCCUCCCACCCAGUGCAAAAUUCUAGGGAGGGGUGGACAUACAAGGCUCAUUUCUAGAAUCUCAGUAUUCUAUUUCCAAGAGGAACUUUCUGAAAGUAACCCCACGUUAUGUUUUUCUGCCUUUGAGAGCCAGAUACUGCUAUUAUGCAACCCAUCUGUUUUUGCAAAGUUUCCCUAAUAUGGAAAUUCCUACUUUCAAGGGAUUUUGACCUAUCACCACCCGCGUAUGUGUGGACUUUUCACACUUCAAAAUUUGGUCUCCUCGGAUUCCUUUCUACAGAUGCUGAGGAAUGUGACGUGUGGGCAGCUGUUGACCUCUGAAUCCAUAUACAUUGUAUAUGUACAUACAAAACAUAUUGAUUUUAAAUGUUUAAAAGUCUUGCUUCCAACUUCUCCACCCAAGCAGUGUUUGAGAUGACAAUUGACAUUUGAAGUUAGAAACUCCAUCUUUCAAAGCCGUAUUGUCCGUCCAACGUUCUAUACCACCCGUGACAUUGUAAUUUUAUUGAGUUUUAUUUCAUUUGUGUUGUAUAUAUUAAAAUAAAGACUUUGAAGAUAACACAGAA